ACAUGUUCUAGCUUGUAGAUUUAUAUGCUACAUUUUCAAUUUGGAAUCAACUGUGAAACUCGAGUUCCAAUCUGUACUUUUGUGGUCUUAAUAAUAUUCGCUAAAAAAAAAUGACGCCGUACGCAAUAUUUAUUCAUAUUUCUCUCACCUUUUUUAUAACAGUGAAUGGGCAGAUAACAUGUCCAGUUUGUACAGACCCAUAUAACCCAGACUCCUGUACAGGGACCCAACAGUGCCACAGUCAUGACGUUUGUGAACUACACGUCCAUCUGUCAGACCGCAACCGGGUCAACUACAUCUGUCACAAUUCACAUGCUUGCGUAAACCAACAGACACACGCCUGCAACCCCUAUACCCACGACACCUGCACGUUCUGUUGUAACAGUCUCCAAUCUUGCGCUACAGAGAGACAGGAUUUAUUCACAACUCGCUUCACAGCCGCCAUGAGUACACUACAGCCAACAUCAUUUGUACCCACUACGGCUCCAACCAUUAAUGCCACCACUGCAAGUAUGUGUAUUCGGUGCGACAGCAACCCGUGUAACGAGAAUCUGAUCCCCAGCCUACAGCCUAUCCAGUGUCCAUCCACUCAACCCUACUGCUACACUGAUGUAGUCCAGGACGCUGCAGGCCGCUCUGUAUAUAAAGGGUGUGCUAAUGAAAGCUUCUGCCGCACCAAAUACUGGGACUACUCUGCAGUGUCCGUGGCGUGCAGCAGAUACCCCUACAGCUCAUCCGCGUACCUGGAGUGCACCUUCUGCUGCCUGGGUGAAGGUUGCAAUAGAGCAGAUAGGCCCCCUCAGUACACGUUGGUGAACUUUUAAACAAAAAAUAAAACUUGUCAUCUAUUGGCUACUUGUUAGCCAAUGGAAUUGCGCAGUUUCUACAUGAUACCUCUACCAGUGUUGUCCUUAGCUACCAGUAAUACCUCGUCAAAUGUCUGACUACCAUGUCAUACCUCAUAACUGUUGAUUAGUCGAAGUUGUUGUUUUUUUUUAAGUGUAAAUGUUAUUUUAUUCUAUAUAAUUGUAACGUUUUUAUAUUAAAAAAAAAAAAAAAAAGAA